CCGGCCCCCGACGAGGCGGCCGCCGGCCGGGUGCUCAGCAUGAACCGCGGCCACCGGCACGGGGUGAGCAGCGGCUGCCUGGGCACCAUGGAGGUGAAGAGCAAGUUCGGAGCUGAGUUUCGUCGGUUUUCACUGGAAAGAUCCAAACCCGGAAAGUUUGAGGAGUUCUAUGGACUGCUGCAACAUGUUCACAAGAUCCCCAAUGUUGACGUGCUGGUGGGCUACGCUGACGUCCACGGGGACCUGCUGCCCAUAAACAAUGACGAUAACUACCACAGAGCCGUUUCCACCGCCAACCCGCUGCUCAGGGUUUUCAUACAGAAGAAGGAGGAAGCUGACUACAGUGCCUUUGGUACAGACACCCUAAUCAGGAAGAAGAACGUGCUGAGCAACGUACUGCGUCCUGACAACCAUAGGAAGAAGCCCCACAUCGUCAUCAGCAUGCCCCAGGACUUCCGCCCGGUGUCAUCCAUCAUAGAUGUGGACAUCCUCCCGGAGACCCACCGAAGGGUCCGUCUGUACAAGUAUGGCACGGAGAAGCCCCUGGGCUUCUACAUCCGUGACGGCUCCAGCGUCCGGGUGACACCACACGGCUUAGAGAAAGUCCCCGGGAUCUUCAUAUCGAGGCUUGUCCCCGGGGGUCUGGCCCAGAGCACAGGAUUGCUAGCUGUCAAUGACGAAGUGUUAGAAGUAAAUGGUAUAGAGGUGUCAGGGAAGAGCCUGGACCAAGUGACUGACAUGAUGAUCGCCAACAGCCGCAACCUCAUCAUCACUGUGCGGCCAGCUAACCAGAGGAACAACGUGGUCAGGAACAGUCGGACUUCCGGCAGCUCCAGCCAGUCCACCGACAACAGCCUCCUGGGCUACCCGCAGCACGUGGAAGCCAGCUUUGAGCCAGAGGACCAGGACAGCGAUGAGGAUGACAUCAUCAUUGAAGACAGUGGUGAGCCGCAGCAGAUCCCGAAGGCUGCCCCCGAUGCCCAGAGCCUCGAGUCCCUGACGCAGAUAGAACUCAGCUUUGAGUCGGGGCAGAAUGGGUUCUCCCCUCCACAGGACCCGGUGCCUGUGCCCAGCAGCCUGGACACAGAGUUUGAACCCCGUGCUCCAGACCAGAGACUCCUAGAGGAAGACGGAACGAUCAUAACGUUGUGAACUGCCACGUGUGUUUGCCAAGUGCUAUAAAAGUGGCGUAAGACUGACACGGGACCUCCGGGCCUUGAUGUCCCACGGGCAAGCCUAAAGUGUGGCUGGAUGGGGGUGACUGCCGACAGACUGCAGUGUGCAUGUGUGAGGCCUUUGCUGCAGGGGAGGUGCUGCUCUCGGCCACAUUGGAUGCUCUCCUCCCUGUCUCCCUCCGCCUGCUCUGCAGAGGCGAUGUUUGUCCUCUGUGAAGUCCGGUGUCUCCUUCCUUGGUCCGCUGAACCUCACUUCUUGGAUUCCCAACAUGGAUGGAUUCUGACUUUUAAAAGUUCCUCAGUUAAUCGUGACAAA